AUGAAUAACUACAAGUUUCUCCCGAACAAGCGGUUCGGAAGACCGUCCAAACAACCCAAGGAAGCCAAGUUUGCUCUAAAAAAUGGCGGAGAGUUGGGUGGUCUUUCUAAUGAAGGUAACACCUGUUUUAUGAACUCGGUGAUCCAAUCUUUGGCAUCAUCCAAGCACCUUGUUGCCUUCAUCGAUUCUUAUUUACAAAAUCACACAGACAUUGUGGACAAGGACCAGUUGCGGACCGCCAAGUCCCGGUCUCUCUUGCCGUUCACCACCGCAUUGAAAACAUUAAUUGAUAAUGUGAAUGGUAAAUACGGCACCAGAAGCAAAGAAUUUUCCACAAAACCCUUACUCAACAAGAUGCCCAAUGGGCCCAAGCAAAACUUUUUUACAGGGUACAACCAGGAAGAUGCCCAAGAAUUCUACCAGUUGGUGAUGAGUCUUUUGGAAAAAGAGUAUAAGAAGCUACAGAACCCCGACAUUGCCACCCCCGAGCCUGAAACUGAAUCCUCCAAGUCCGACACGUUUGUGGACUCGUCUAUGAUAAAAGACUUGAUUUGUGGGUGUGACCAAUUGGGUACCUUGGGGAAAGUGUACGUUCCGGCAUCCCAAGUAGACCCCAACUUGGUGGACGCAGACCACAAAGUGAAGCCAUUGGAAUUGAUAACUCCGGUUGACGGUGUUUCUGUCGAGAGAAUCGGAUGCUUGUCAUGUGGAGAGGUGGGAGGAAUAAGGUAUUCGGUCAACAGUGGCUUGAGUCUCAAUUUGCCCAAUCAAGCAGCUUCUUACUAUUCUGGAUAUGAACUUGAAGGUUUACUCCACGACUGGGUGGCUCCUGAAAUCAUCGAAGAUGUCAACUGUAAUCGUUGUGGAUUAGAGCAUACCAGAGAGUUUUUGAUCAAAAAAAUUGAGAGUGCCACCAACGAUAAAAUCAUCGACCAGUUCCGAACCAGACUUCAGGAGAUAGACGACGAGCUCCACCGCAACUGCGUCACGGACGAGGCGUUCGAGAAGUUGACGGUGAAGCAGAUGACAAAGAAAUCACGCAAAUCCAAGCAGAUCUUGUUGAGCAGACCUCCUCCACUUUUAUCGAUUCAUAUCAACCGGUCGGUUUUUGAUCCUAGAACUUAUAUGAUCGUGAAGAACUCUAGCAAAGUAUCGUUUCCAUUGACAUUGAACUUGGCGUCGUUUGUUGCCGAGCCCAACGACAUCAAUAUGGAUGCUCGAUUGCCGUUCAGGAAACAGGAUGAGAAAAUCCAGUCCCUUGGUAUACACCAUGAAAAGAUGGAGUCGAUGGACGAGGAAAUCAAAGACUCGGGGUCAACGUGUUCCAACUCGAACUCAAAUUCGGACGACGAGAUGAGUGACGUCGCCAAGACAAACUCCACUACCGCCACUCCCGAACUACAAGCAGAAGCAGAUCCUCCAUUGGACCCUAAGUUGUUGUACAAUUUGAAAGCAGUGAUCUCCCACUAUGGUACUCACAACUAUGGUCACUAUAUUUGUUACAGAAAGCUAAGAGGAACGUGGUGGAGAAUCAGUGACGAGUCUGUGUAUGUGGUGAACGAAGAAGAGGUGUUGAACUCUCAGGGCACGUUCAUGCUCUUCUUCGAAUUCAACGAUGGUACGGAGGAGCGUUUGGUUUCCUUAGACGAGAAUGACGUGAGUGACGAAGAGAUGGAACAUGAUCAUGACAGCUGCAAGAGUGAAGGGUCUUGGUCGGCCGGCCCUAGCCUCAAGUUGGGAGAAGAUAAAGAUGAUGAGGAUUUGUACGAGAGCAGUGACAGUGAUAGCGGUAUGUCUGGACGCGGGAACCACUUUGGUUUUGGCCACCAGCAACAAUUGCAGGACAACAGUGAGUACCAGGAGAACGAAGAUACUGACAAGUAUACUGCUGGUGAAGAGAGGGCUUUUCAUAUGUAAAUACCUAGGUUCUAAAAUAUAAGGCAUAUUUAUUGGGUAG